GGGAGAACCAACUUGAAAACGAUGUCAAAUGAGGAAUACAGUUACUGAAACAGGAACUGAUAAAUCAAAAACACUCGUAUCUACACAGGCCAUUUUGCCAGAGAGCCCUGCCAAACCCGCCCCAGGGAGCAGGAGAAUGGAGAACAACAUGUGACCGAUCCGUGCGCUACCGUCGACAGCAUGCUUCGCCUCCUCCAGACCUUGGCUCUCUGCUUCUGGUGUUUUUUACUACUUCACAGGCAGGCUGUGGCUGACGAAGAGGCGCUCUGGGGACCGACGCCACCAAGAGAAAACACACCUGAAAACAGAAGAAGCUCUUACUGGUGGACCCCGUCUCUGCCAAAGCUCCCUUCGCUUCCCUCGCUAUCGCUCGGUAUCCUGUUUUAUGGGAGCUCGGACGAGAAGGAAGUGGCUGCUGCUUUGACCACAACAGCUAAAGGGUUGAUAGAACCAAUCAAUCGUUUGCAAGAACACUCGGGUUCAGGGGAAGAGAGCAUUACUGAAGUUUCUGAACCACCCACUGCUUUGACUCAGGGGCUCGUAGCCAGCGUGACGACGAUAAGAACAGCAUCACUUCCCACAGCGACAUCAGAUUCUCCACACAGCAGCGCAGCACAGAGCGACAAUGAUACUCUUGUUUCAGAUUCCUACACUCCCACAAGCAGAAACACUCUGUUCACCAACAGUCCCACCAGCACAAGCACUCCUGAACAAAACGCAACACAUACCCACCCACCGAGGGGCACCGCAGGAGCAGACGGGCCUAGCACGGGUGCCACUACACAACACCUCCCGGAGGAACACGCUGCUAACGAGGAAGCUUUUACAGCAAAGAUUUCUUUGACGAUAGCACCAGAAACUACAGUUCCCACUGCCUUGACAUUGGCCGCAGCCCAAACCACAACAACAACACCAGGACUGGUAAAGACCACUCUGAUCAGCAGACACACUCGCCCAACGUCCUCACAAACCACGUUCGGCAGAAAACCACCAGACUCGACUAUUACCCUCCAUGCUGGAGAGGCCACAAUCACAGCAACUCACCCCACUCAGAGUGACCCGGGCUUCUCCGAGGCCAGGUCAGGGCCCGUGGAGGAACAGCCGGGGGGAAUCACCACUGCCAUGGAGUUCGAUCGCAAAGGAGUGCUGGAAUCCAUAACGAGCACAACUCAAAGGGUUAACUUUCCAAUAACAAGAGAGCUGCCAGGCAAAGAGGAUAAGGAGGCUGAGGAAGGUGUGGCUCCUCCAGCAGACAGCGAUGGCGACACCAGGCUGGCAGACGUUUCCACGCCGUCCGCUAAGCUUCUAACUGCGUCCCUGCCACACAGCACAGGCAUUCCACCAGAAACGACCCAUGGUCCUCUGUACACUGAAGACUGGAUGUCUGACCUGGGGCACAGCGACGUCACCUUCCUUCCAGACUGCAAUCAAGAACACUUGGGGAUCUGCAACCUCUCCGACAUCUGGGAACCCACAACUAUCUCGGACGUCAGGCCCACACAAAACACCACUGCCACAAACCAAUCCGUGAACCCCUUCCUGAUCCCGGCUCCCCCCAUGUUAGUGCCGCUGUACACCGACUGGAACAGUGCCAUGGCGGCUUGGGGCCUGGCCUGGGAAGCGCAUGUUUACGGUGCUGGUUGCGUCUUUGCGAUGCUAACGAUAGCAUCUGCGCUCAAUCUGCUCUGCUUGCCUCUACGAUGCCCAUCUGGAUGUGGCUACUUUGCCCUGGUCAGCCUGUUUCUACUUGCUGCUGGUUGCACCAGGUCUUUCUCGCUCCUGUACGAUGCUUACGGUCACCAGGACCGCCUGCCCUCCACAGAGGCUUCGCUGAUGCUCUAUGAAGCACCGUUUCCCUGCUUGACUGCGGCUUUCGGCCUAGUUUUCCUUCUACUCUCCAUGCGCUCAAGAAUGCAGCUCUCCUACUCAGCGUUCCAGAGACCCUGUUUCCUGGCCUGCCUGGUUGUCCUGCACUUUGGUGCUGCAUUUGGACCGGUGACACUGCUGAAGCUCUACCAGCAAAAGCCUCCCCUUUGCCUCUUUCUUUCACUCAUCUCCCGUGGAGCCUUCGUAGCACUGGCCACAUUUCUCUCAGCUGCCUAUUUUGUGUUCUACAUCUACGUGCGGGCAGACUCAAAGCACAUCUACCACCUGAACAACACGUCUCCAACACCUGCUGAACGCUACAACCGCUGCCCCUUUGCUGAGAGCCGGGACUGGGACCGUGCAGCUGUUACUGUUUGUGUUUCAGCAUUGUUUUGUUUAGCAUGCGCAGGACUGCAGUUAUAUGCAAUGCUGAAUGCCAUGGGUGUUGCAGGAGGAGAGGAGGUCUUCCAUCCUUGGCCCUGGUGGGCGUUUCAGUUCAGCUGCAGACUGUGUGAGCUUGGGGUUUGUCUCACCUUAGCCUUGGUGGUCGCACAACCAGUCUACUGCUCUGACCACCUUCCAGAUGCAGGGAGCUGCUGGACUGAGCUGUUGGCAACCAAGUCGCCCAUCCUGCCUGGGAGCUACCAGUGGAGCCUGAGCCAGCAAGAGAAGCUUGCAAUCGUGGAUACAGUUGGGCUUGGAGAGACGGAGAGCCUUCCUCUUUACACACUGGUGGAUGAGAGGCUUGGUAGCAGUUUGAACGGCUUGGACCUCCUCUACCACAGCAACCGGGCCUUGGCAUACCGAGACCUAGAUCUGGAUUUGGACUUGCAGGGUUCUGAAAAACCUAAAGAUGGAGGAGGCGAAGAGCCCUCAGGUGGAUCCUCGUUUACCAGCGACUCUACCACAGACCUGCGGCCACCAUCACCCAUCAACCUGCGCCGCAGCAUCGAUGAGGCACUCUUCAGUGAGGCCCUCUUUCCCAUGAGCCUCUUUAGCCCAACUCGGCCUAUUCGCUGCAGUGAUCUAUCAAUAAACAACCACUGUGCACUUCAAAGCAAUGGCUUCUGUGAUCCCCUUACAAGUGAACCUGGCCUUUAUCGGACCUCUUCCUGCGUGGAGAUGGCCUCUCUACCCCAGCCCCCUUGCACUCAAACUCAAGGUGACUCUGUUGCACCACCAUCUCCCUCUCUGUCCUCUUCUUCCAGUAAUUCAUCUGCUGAACGUUGGAGAGGCAGCUCCUCCUCCUGUUCCCUCUAUCGAGAGUCUUUCGGAGGCUCCUCGCUGGUCCUCUGCCCAAGCCCAGAGAGACAUGCUCAGCAGCUUCUCCAGCAAGGAGGUACAGGCCACGCCGACCCACAGAGGCACUAUCAAACACUGGGUGCUGCCUCACAAGAGAGCCUGGACCUGGAUAUGUCAUCCGAGGCAGACCGAUCCGUGCAGGAGGAGUUCAUCAGUGUUUGCAGACAAAUCGAUGCUUUAAGCAUCUGCAGCGAGACUAUUGAUUUAUAAAAGGACAGUCUGGUCAAACAAGGGUUGCACAGAGGACUUAAGAAGGAUGUCAGAAGGGUGACUGUCUUGGGUUUUGGUUGUGCACGGUAGCUUUUGUGCAAAAGACCUUUAGCUGCCAACAAAGUUUUUGCAAGUUUGAUGAGCUUUCUCAUGUGGUCAUUAGUGAAUGUCUGAGGGUCUAAGUGCCAAGAAUGUCAAAAGCCAAAAGGUAAUUUGUAACUUUUACAUGUUUGAUAAAGGCUGGUGAAGUUUGAUACAGUCAAAAGAGUAGUAACAUUUUACUGAGUGGAAAUAAGAAUUUAUUUGUACAAAUGUUUUUAUUGCAUUCCAACAUUCCAAUAGUUAGUACUGUGACUAAAAUUAAGCACUUAUUAAAUACUACUGAAGUCAUAUGCUUUCAAAUUCAGCAAAAUAUCACUGUCAUUAAAUCUCAUGUUGGAGAAAUGGGAUUAAAAUUAAGACUUUCAAACUAUAAACACUUCAUAGCAACAUGCUACACAUCUCACUUGCAGUUAUGGUGCAGCAGUGCCCCCUACUGGUGAAAUGCACACUAUGUUACCUUAAUGUCCUACAUUUAUCAUCAAUGGACUGUGCUUCUAGAUACACUGACAGCAUCUUCUAUGACCGGCUUACUAAUUUAUUUAUGUUCAAUCAUAACUUGCUGAACAAUUUGUUUAAUAAAGUUUGUUUUAUAA